AUGAAUUUACUGCAGAAGGAGCGGAAGCGUGGAUCCUCGAUGCCCUAUAUGUUUCGGCUACCGUUCGCACAGGGUGGUGUGUUCUCUGCCAAUAUGCUUGAUCGCUUACUCUACCAAGCGCAUGUCAAAGAUUAUGUAGUGGAUUUUAUUCGACUGCUUCUUGGAAUCGACCACUCUCGAGGCUCGGGAUAUCUAGCUAGUUUUAAAAUAACAACAGACGACUUAUGGAUCAGAACAUAUGGCCGUUUAUACCAAAAGUUAUGCGGAUCGGUGGCCGAUAUCCCGAUCGGCAUAUAUCGGACAAUGCAGAUGGACGAGUCACUGCAUCAGGUAACUUGA